UGAUUCUCCAGUUCCUUACAAUACAACAAUCCUUCUAAUCAAGAGCAAAAUCAAAUAAUAAAAUGCAACAUUUCAAAUAAAGUUAACACUAAGAUUGAGAGGAAUGUAUCCUAACAUUCCCUAAAGUACAUAAUAAAUUCGAUUUUUCUCGAUUCUAAAUAUUAUGGCUGGUGGUACUGGCAGCAACAAUGUUGAAAUUGAAUGGCUAAGGAGUUUGGGAGAUGCACAAGAGUUUGGGGCCACACUUUCAACGGUCCCUGAAAACCAACCAGGGCAUUUUGACGAAAUUGAAAGGCCGCCCGUUAGCAGCAGCACCCUGAAGAGGAACACAAAAAUGGAGUUAUCCAAAAGUGACCUGUUGAAGCUUGUUACAUGUUUUGAGGGCGAAAUUCAAGCACGUGAUAUUGUUAUUGCAGCAUUAAAGUCUGAAAAACUAAAGCAAGUAGCUAGCUUAGGAAGAUAUAGACCAGCAGUUAUGACCGAUCCGUAUACAGCAUUACUGCGGGAUAGUCUUUCAGAUAGCCCCAACUCAAAACCACCUGUAAGUGAAAAAGAUAUGCAAGCAGCUGCAGAAUAUCAACUUCAAGUUCUGGAACAAUUUGUUAUGCAGCAGCGAUGGGCUCAUCAACAUAUGAUUAAUAUUUUGAAAGAGGCUGAAAUUAAACAUAAAAAGGUAAUACAAGAUUUAGAAGAAGAAAAAUGUAAGCAUGAACAUGAUACAGCUCAAGGAGAUGAUAUCACAUAUGGGCUUGAGAUGGAGAGAACUAGAUUAAGGCAAGAACUAGAAAUGGAAAGAAACGCACGGAAAAAGCUUGAAAAAGAAGUUAAAAGACAAAUUGAGAUAGCAGAUGAAGAAAGAGCGCGACAAAAGCAAAUUGUUCUAUUACUUUUAGCAGAGAGAAAAAAAAUUAUAGUAAAAUACAUCGAAGAAAGAAAAAGAAGUGAAGAUUUAGCACAAAUUUUAUCAGAAGAAAAAUCAAGAAUUGAUACAAUGGCUGAAGGAUUAGAAGAAGAGAGCAAAAAAUCGUUGCAAAUGGAAGCCGAAAUUGAAAAACAAGCCCAUGAAUUUGAAAUGGAAAGAAAAAAUUUUAAAUCUCAAAUUGCAGCUUGGGAUCAAAGAAUGUUAGAAGCAGAGAGGGAAAGAAAUAGGUUAAAAGCAGAAUGUGAUGCAUUAAGACUAAAACUCCAACUAUCUGAUAGUGGCUCUGCCAUUAUUAGUAGUGUUGCUAAAGUAGUGCAGCCUACUGCUACUGUAUCAAGCGUUCCUGUCUCUGGACCAACUACUGGAAUUGCACAGUCUGUAACACCUGGACAGGUACUUAGACAAACUGCUAUUGCAGCGUCAUCAGUUGCCAGUAAGAUGGUUGCUGGCAGUUCAGGAGUAAGUGACUCUUCUACAAUUAGAGCAGUUCCGAAAGCUUCCUAUCAUUCGCAUCUGCAACAGCAAUCAACAGCACCACAAACUCCUCCUAAGAAAGGUGCAGCUGCAAGAGGCGUACCCCCACCAAUUCCUCCAAACAAACCGGUGAUUCCUAGUAAAUCAUCUGCUUCCCGGAGGCCUGAUAGUGGAGAAUCGGAGAAAAAAAAACCAAACGUCUGCCCUAAAGAGAUAGAACAACAAACGCCUCAGCAACAAGGAGGGCGAACUGGCCAAGGCAUAGAGUUGCUCGGUCAGGAAUUGGCCGAUUUUCAACAAAUGUUUGUGACUAUGGCAACUAGUAAUACUACUUAAAAUUAUCUCUCUUAGGAAAUAUAAUAAGUUGUUUGUGUUGUAGACUUUUGAGGCUGGUAAAGUUUCUAAAAGGUUGAAUCAGCCAUCAAAGUCCACAUCUUGUGAUAAUUACUAACUUAGAAAUUAAUACUCAUUAAUUUUAAUAUUUAGAAAAACUUGGCAAUUUUCUUCUACAGAGGUAAGUACGUUAAGUUUUUUAUUUUUAACCAUAUACAGUGUGUCCACUUAAGUUCGCAGUAUAUGGGAAACUUUUUUAUUAUCAAUUUUACGAAAAAAAGUUACUCUCUAUAAAAGUUUCUGCUUCUUGGAAAAAUAAUAUUAAACUACUGAAACUUGAAAUAGCAUGUACAGGGUGGUCAAAAAAUAGAAAAAUAUACAGGGUGUUUCCCAAGGCCGGUUUGUAACAUCAGGAUGUCAUUUCUUACAAUAUUUUUAGAAAAAAAGUUUCCAUAAACAUGUGUCCGGAAAUGCGUAGUUUCUGAGAUACAGGGUGUCACAGUUCUAGAAAAAAUCGUUUUUGUAGCUCAAAAUCAAUUUUCCAAUUUUUUUUUUUCAAAUUUGGCAGGUCUGUGAGAAUAAAAGGUAUCUUUUGACUGUAAUAUAACUUGCUGAAUCUGAAAAAAAUAUCAAAGGUUUUAAAAAAAUAGUGACGUGCCAUUUUUUUUCUACUUUUACCGUUUUUUACCAAAAAAUUUUGUAUAUUUUUCUAUUUUUUGACCACCCUGUACAAGCUAUUCCAAGUUUUAAUAGUUUAAUACUAUUUUUUCAAGAAGCAGAAACUUUUAUAAAGAAUAACUUUUUUCCGUAAAAUUGAUAAUAAAAAAGUUUCCCGUAUGCUGCGAACUUAAGUGGACACACUGUAUAAAAUGUUGACAUUACUGACUUUUUAAAAAUUUGAAAAUGUCACAUUUCUGUCUUUUCAUUUUCCUGCUUCAUGUCUCGUCCUAGGACGGAAUAUGGAGCAGGAAAAUAUUUCACGUUCUCAUUUCUCUACCUCAUUUGGUUGUCACGAAUUUGUUUUUCAAGAAAUUGUGGUUAAAAAUAAAAUAGUAUAAAAACCUCGACGGGAAACUUCAUUGCUGUCUCGAGCUAUAAUAAUAUAUCCUCUUGACCAGGAAUGAAGCAUUUCCCGCCUCGGAUUGUAAUAUACUAUUGGUAUUUAUUGGGUAAGGCAAAAAUAAUUUUUAGAAAAAGUCAUAAUAGAUGAUUUUGCUUAUUGGCACUGUUCAUAACCAGGGUGUUCAUCAAAAACUUUUAUCUUAUCCGUGUCGUUUAAGAGCAUUGUAUACAGGGUGGCAAAAAAUGAUACAAUUAAAAUGUUAACUUAACAUUUAAAAAUACUUUUAGCCUAUAAAGUAAUGGCUCUUAUUAAAAUUUUAUUGGUCUAUGAAAUAAACUGUUAAUAUGUUAUUUAUUUUUGAUAUUAACCCUAUUGUUGGUCUAUCAGGUGUUGAUAAUUUAAAAAAAAAAAAUAUUAUUUGAAGGUUUCUGUUUUGGAGGCUAGUAAAUUUUUAAUUUGGGACAUUAUUUUAUUGGCUGACUGUACCUAUUAUUAUAUACAUACAUAAAUAACGUUUUAUGUAAGCUUUUUUUUUUCUUUUUUUGAAUAGGCUUGUAAAUUUUUUGCUUACUCCAGUAGUGACAACCUAAUCUUGGACUUGCAGCUUUUUCAACUAGAAGUAAGAUAAUAAUUGAAAAUUUCACCCCCAAUGAAAGGUUUCUAGAAUCAAUGAGGCAAGUAAAGUACGUGUUUCUUUGAGGGAAUAUUUCCAAGAUCAUCCAGUGAACAAAACCUGGAAUCCGAGUAAUUUAAUUAUAUCGAUAAUAAUUAUCGAUGAAUUAACGCCGACAAUAAAAAUCUAGUGUACCGUAACAGUUUCUUCAAAAUUUUACUUACAAAAGUAUAAAAACCACCAAUUUAAAAAGUGACUUAACUGUGUGAUCAAUUCAAAAACUUUCCUUCUUUUUUUUCGUUAGUAGUAGCUAAAACUAGAAUUAGAAUCUGCUUGUACCAUUCCUCAUACAUAAUCCUCUCCUUUUCAUAAUGACGCGCUGCUUUUAUUACAUUUUAUGUUAUUUUUAUAGUCUCUCACAACUGGAAUUUUUAAAAAUAUUCGUCUUCCUUGGAAAAAUUCGCAAACUUUCUUCCACAUCUCCAUGAUUCAAAUUCAAAUAGAGGACGCUAGACCAAACCCAAUAAUAAAUAUCUGGAUCAGAAAGUUUACUGCCAAUCGUCUUGUCGAAUUGCCUCGAGAACUUUGGUAGCUACUGAAUAAUACUCUUAAAUAAACUUUAAAUACUAUCACGGCUCACGGCUCUGGGGUGUGUUACAGAAAUCUUGGGUUCGUUUAUUCCAAAAUCAAAGUCCAAUUAACACAACAAUAUUUUAUUCCACGUUACUACACACUCUGACACUAAUUACUUCACUAAUUAACUCAAACAACUUAACUCUUACAAAAUUCACUAUCUAAAUCGUAUGAUAGUCAAUCUUAAACUCAAAAACUACUAACUAAUACCGGCCUUUAUAUAUCCGUAAUCAAUUCUUAUAUAUUCCAGAAUAAACGUGAUAAUCUCGUUGCCCGUAUAAAGCAGUCUUUUCUGGAAUUUUAGGCAUGGAUUCUAUAUACCAUGGCGAAAGCCAAUCGCGACACUGUCCUCCUCCUCGGACAAGGGCUUCGCUACUUUUUCUGAAUUUAGACAUUCUCAGGUUAUCCUGGAUCUUGGAAUCUCUGAGACCAUCAAUGAACGCAGAUACUGCCAUUCAUUCCUGCAUGUUUUUCCCAGCUACAGGAAACGCCAAACUCACUAGCCUUUUAACUUCCGAUUCGAAUUCUUGUAAACUCUGCCGGGUUUUUGAAUUCUUGAAUUAACUUGACUUCUAAAUACUUCUUGCCUGUAAUGGUCUCCGAAGCGCAAUUCUAACGUCUGACUUAGAUGCUGGUAAUUCUGUUGAUAAAUUGUAGGAAUGGACUGAAGAAGAUCUAAGGCAGGUCCUCGUACAGCCACUAUUAGUGCUGUAGCUUUUUCUUGAUCGUUCCAUCCGUUGGUAUUUGCAGCAGCUUCAAAUUUUCGAAUAUACAUGGUUCAGGAAUUCAGGACGUAGAACCGUCAAAAGUUGGUGGUUUUAUCUUCGUACUAGAGAAUGAUGCUCCAACACUACCUGGACUGAUGUACUGCAUUUCUAAUUUAUUCAUCUUACCUUCAAGUGCUUGAACUUGGUCCUCAACUUCUUAUCUUAAUUGCUGGACAUCGGCUUUGACCUCAGCUUUUACUUCCUGAACGUCGUUUUUAACUUCUCGCACAUCGUCUUUAACUUCGGAUUUUAGGUACUUCCGUAAUUUUUUGUUCUAGGUUAGCGACUGUAACGCAUAGAGAUAUUUUCUCUAUCUCUAGAAUAGAAUAGAAUGUCCUAGAAUUUUCUUGAAAUGUCUUUUCUGAAUGUCGAUUGAUAUGGCAAACACCUCAGUGAAGUCACAAAUUCGAUAUCUCCCUCGGUUUCCAAUUAGAAUUUUCUAGAACUUACUUGAAAAUUCACUAUCACAGUCAAAAUCAGGUAUACAGUCAUUUCUGGGGUAAUUUACACAAUCGGUUAAGUCUCUCUUGGUCACUGCUUCCACUGACUAACUGUCCCAGUGUUCACUUAAGUAUCCACACUAGUGUCCGCAGUGGUCCGCACCAUUCUGCAAUGGGAUUUCACUUUGCAGUCCUCAAAUUAUAUCGCACUUCUGACACCAAUGUCACGGCUCUGGGUUGCGUGACAGAAAUCUUGGGUUCGUUUAUUCCAAAAUCAAAGUCCAAUUAACACAAUAAUAAUUUAUUCCACGUUACUACACACUCUGACACUAAUUAAAUCAAACAACUUAACUCUUCACAAUAAUCACUAUCUAAAACGUAUUACAGCCAAUCUUAAACUUAGAAGCUAGCUACUAACCAAUAUCGGCCUUUAUAUAGCCCUAAUCCAUUCUUAUAAAAUCCAGAGUAAACGCGAUUAUCUCUUUGCCCGAAUAAGGCAGUAUUUUCUAGAUUUCAAGUUGGAUUCUCUACACCAUUGCGAAAGCGCAUCGCGACAAUGUAGAUUCUGUAUUAUAUGGUACUUAGAUAUGGUAUGUACUUAAAAAUAUGGAUGUUUCGAUAUUAUGCGUAGGUAUUAUUUUAACAUGGUGAUUAAUUAUUAUAAAACUAAUCUCCAAAAAGGGGUUAUUAUUAUUUGGAGGAAAUAAAAAAAUAGGUUAAAGGUUUUAUACAUUUCAUUUGUGGAGUUGUGACAAAUUUUCAAUCAUCGCCCUUGUUCUCUGGCAGCUAUUAAAAAAAAAAAACUGCUUAUAGCUGAGAUUAGGUUGUUCUGCAUGAUCCAUUGUAAAAAAAUUAAAUGUACAUAAAUGGAAGCGAGUUGUGUGUAAUUUUAUAAAAACAUAUACCUACAAACUAAAUUAAGUAGUGCAAUUGAAAUGUUGAACAAUUUAAAUUUACUUUUAUUUGAAUACAACCUAUUUUAAUUUAAAGCAGAAUGUGUUAUUCUAGUUUAUUUUGCAAAAACAUUUUGAUUUGCAAAAUAGAAUAGGUAAGGUAAAGUAACCUCGUAAUUUAAUUGUAGUAUAGGUGUGAUGAAGUUUUUCCACAUUUGCCACAUAUCCAUAGUUUUUCAUUUCUACUAGUCAGAGUGUCGUAUGAGUUAAAACAAUUGCUGCCAGCCUUCUCUAUAGCAAUACAAUUUGUAGGACAUUAAAAACUUAUUUUUCGAUUAAUGAGCAAGAUGCCUUUCCUCCCUGAAGUCAUAGAUGAUUGUAAAAAAAUGACCUCAUUAAUAAAUAUGUUGUGAAUGUAAUAUCUAGAGUAUCGUGAAUGUGUAAAUUUUGUAGAAAUACACAAUGUGUAUAUAAGGAAACAUUUUCCAUUCACUUGUCUCUUAUAUUUUUUGUAGUCAGACCACUUGACAUAAUGUAGGUAACAGCUUUAAUUAUUAGGAUUAAUACUCAUUUUGUUUAAAAUAUAUACAUCACUUAGGUAAUUUAAUUAUUAUCAAAAAAGGGCAUACAUAAUGACUUAAAAAAUCAUUUGUGGAUCAUAAGUACCUAAUCUAGUUUUUGUUGUAUUAUUAUUAUUUUUAAUUUAUUUUUUUAUUAUAAGUAGGUAUGUUUUACAAUUAUUUUAGCAAAAAAAAAUAGAUUUUGCUAAUUUUGAAUAAUUUAUGUUUUUUUUUGUAGAAUUUAAUUUUCAAUCUGAUUCUAUCACAAUUGGUCUUGGUUUUAGUCAUUGAAAUAUAAUAUGUUAAAAUACUUGGAAUUACUGUUCAAUGACUGCUUAAACUGUCACAAAAAUCACAAUGUCAAAUUUCGUGAAUCGUAUCGUAUCAUGUGAUAGCCAGGAACCUCAUUGGCAAAAAUCAUUCAACUAUUAUAUUUCUUGCUGCUUACAUAUUGGCUUAAUAUCCUAGUUCAUUUUAGAUAUUCAUAAACCAAAUAGUCAAUUUUGACAAUUAAAUUAUUUCAAAAAUAAAUAAUAAAUACUGCGCUUCCGAAUUCAUAAAACGUCCUUUCAAAGUUACGAUUGGCAAAAAUAUUUUUAAUAAAAAAAAUUUUGUAAAAAUUAAUCUUGACAUACAUGUUUACUAAUUUAUUGUUCAAUUAAAAACAUUUGACGGGUUCUAUUGCGAAUUAUUUUAUUCCUUAGUAUGAUAUUGCUUCUAAUGAUCUCUUCUUGAAUUCAAAACCAAUACAUAAAAUAUGAAAUCGGAUCCGUACUUGCAUUGAAUAAUAAUCAAGAUCAAAAAACGCUGUUAGUGUUUAAGUGCGUAUUAUUAUAUGGUAUUUAUUUGCAAAUAAAUUUCAAAUGCUAGAUUUGUAGACUAGACAAAUUAAAUAUAUUAAUGUUAGUAAGUGAAGGAAAUGUUUGUUUUUUUUUUUUAUUUUAUAACUCGAAUUUUGGAGGGUUCACAUUCUGGUCACUUGUUGUGAUCUGACGCAUC